GCCACACGUCACAGGCCUUACAGCACAGCAACAGGGUUCAAGAUAAGCCCCUCCAAAUUUCUCGUACCCCGCGGGGAGCAAGGUCACUGCAGUUGGGAUUUUUUUCCUGCCCACUACAAAAGCAGAGAAAACUCCUGCACCGUUCUCGGAACCCAGUCAAGACGCUGCUGUAGCCUGUCGUGUUUUCAGAAUUGUUUCUUCAGCCACUGUCUUUCCUCCUCGCCUGGCUGGUUGUUUGCACAGAUUCAAACACCGACCGGUAGUCCUCACCCCGAUCUCGCAGCAGGGAAGCAGUCAACACCAGCAAGAUGGCCACACAAAACCAGUCCGCGGGCCAGCGCAUUGCCAUCGUCUCUGUCUAUGACAAGACUGGCCUGCUUGACCUGGCCAAGGGCCUGGUCCAGCAAAAUGUCCGCAUUCUUGCGUCCGGAGGAACAUCCAAGAUGAUCCGCGAGUCUGGAUUCCCCGUUGAGGAUAUCUCGGCCAUCACCAAGGCCCCCGAAAUGCUGGCUGGCCGUGUCAAGACCCUUCACCCUGCCGUGCACGCCGGCAUCCUCGCGCGCAACCUCGCCUCGGACGAGAAGGACCUGGCGGAGCAGAGCAUUGACAAGGUCGACUAUGUCAUUUGCAACCUGUACCCUUUCAAGGACACCGUCGCCAAGAUCAACGUUACCGUGCCCGAGGCUGUCGAGGAGAUUGAUAUUGGUGGCGUCACGCUGAUCCGUGCCGCUGCGAAGAACCACUCCCGCGUCACGAUCCUCUCGGACCCUGCCGACUACGCAGAGUUCCUCAAGGAGAUCGAGGCCGGCGAGGUUAAGGAGUCCAGCCGCCGGCUGUACGCCCUCAAGGCCUUCGAGCACACCGCAGACUACGAUGCGGCCAUUUCCGACUUCUUCCGAAAGCAAUAUGCCGCCGAGGGCCUCCAAUACAUGGCCCUCCGUUACGGUGCCAACCCACACCAGAAGCCCGCAGCUGCCUAUGUCAAGGAGGGCAAGCUUCCUUUCAAGGUUCUGGGUGGUUCCCCUGGCUACAUCAACCUUCUGGAUGCCCUGAACAGCUGGCCCCUGGUCAAGGAGCUCAAGCGAGCCCUGGGCAAGCCCGCGGCCGCAAGCUUCAAGCAUGUCUCACCCGCAGGCGCCGCAAUCGGUCUGCCCCUGACCGCCGAGGAGAAGAAGGUCUACUUUGUUGAGGACAUCCCCGGCAUCGAUGAGUCGGGUCUGGCUCAGGCCUACGCCCGCGCUCGUGGUGCCGACCGCAUGAGCAGCUUCGGUGACUUCAUCGCCUUGAGUGAUGUUGUGGACGUCGCAACUGCCAGCAUCAUCUCCAAGGAGGUUUCUGAUGGUGUCAUCGCCCCUGGAUAUGAGGAUGCCGCACUGGCGAUCCUCAAGAAGAAGAAGGGUGGCAAGUACCUCGUGCUGCAGAUGGACCCCGAGUUCGAGCCCAACCCCAAGGAGACUCGCACCGUUUAUGGCAUCACGCUUGCGCAGCAGCGCAACGACUUCGAGAUCAGCCCUAAGUCGUUCGGUACCGUCAUCACACCCAAGGACGCCAACGUCCCCGAGAGUGCCCUCCGCGACCUUACCAUCGCCACCAUUGCCCUGAAGUACACGCAGAGUAACUCCGUCUGCUACGCUGCUAGGGGCCAGGUUGUUGGGCUCGGCGCUGGCCAGCAGUCCCGUAUCCACUGCACACGUCUGGCUGGCGACAAGGCCGACAACUGGUGGCUGCGAUUCCACCCCCGUGUCCUCGACAUCAAGUGGAAGAAGGGCACCAAGCGCCCUGACAAGAGCAACGCGAUCGACCUGCUUGUCAGCGGCCAGCUGCCCAAGGACGGACCUGAGAGGGAGUCUUUCGAGGCAGCCUUCGACGGUGUGCCCAACGCGUUCACCGCUGAGGAGCGGGAGGAGUGGCUCGGCAAGCUCACUGACGUCGCUGUGUCCAGCGAUGCAUUCUUCCCUUUUACCGACAACGUCUACCGUGUUGCGAAGUCAGGCGUCAAGUACAUCGCUGCGCCAGGUGGUAGCCAGAACGACCAGCCGGUCUUUGAGACGGCUGAGAAGCUGGGCAUCACCUUCAUUGAGCAGAACAUCCGCCUCUUCCACCACUAGAGGGCGCAGAAGGAGAUGUUGCCCAUGCGAGGGUUCAGGAAGAAUCAGUUAGAUGGUGUAGAUACCCUUUUCGAAACUUUGGACACGACUUGCAUUUGCGCUUCCCCACGAAAUCGCGAAACGCUGAGACGGGGGAGGCUGGUUUGGGCAUAUAGGACAGCGGGGCGGGGACCAAAAAAAUACUUCAACAUUGAGUGGCUGUGGAGCUUUCAACAUCUUUAUUCGACAAGGAAUGGCGUUCAGAGAAAAGGCGCGUGUCUAGGUCUGUCUUGGUCGUAUGCGACAUAUCCAAUUUGAUUGAGUUGUGUCUUGCAAUGGUUGUUGUUGUGCAGACUUGAGAUCCGGGAACAAUUAAUCCUGAUAGCACGCUUGGAAGACUUGUGACUGCUGCCCUGAGUAGACCGCAACAACACUGAGGACUGGGCGAGCAGUGCCGUUGCUAUCAAAAGCGAUCGCGAGCGAUUUGGCACAGCUCUGCAGUGUCCAACGGAGCGGUUCAAAUACUGGCCUCCCCCAUCGGUCAAGUCACACGCUUACACCGGCAUAGAAUUGAACAAUUAUUUGGAACAAAUGUCUUGUCACUAUUUCAAAUAGGUUUUGGUCUAUUUUCAUUAUUGUGCUACAUCGGAGUAGAGCCUGUGGCAGCUACCCCACCAGUCGACUCGUUGCUCGGCACUGCUUCACAACAGGGUCCUGAUCAUGCUAGACCGCGCCUAGAGGAAGGAGCAUAACCUGAUGCACUAGUCAGCACGCUGAUGAGCCAUGGGACGAGGUACAAAAGUGCAAAGUGAGAGAAGCGAUCAGAAAUGCACAAAGUGCUUGUUGGUUUCCUCAUUUGAACAGGGUCUUAAGCUGCUCAGAAACACGGACCAAUGUAUUCAUCACGUAGAGGGAGGUUCUGUAGAAUAGGUGGAUAAUUGAAGUCAGUCGCUUACCUUUUAUAUAUGAUGGGAGAAGCUGUCGCGCAAUGCGACCUCGAGGCGCUGGCCCGAGAACGCUUGCUUGCGUGUUACCUCGUUUGUGGUGAGGAUGUGAAAAG